UCUCCAGAUGAGCUAGGGUUGCGCGCCCCUCAGCACCAGGCCAGGGAGAAGCGUGGAGCCCGCAAGCGCCUCCAGCCCCCAUCCUCGCCGCGCGGGAGGUGCCGGAGACCGCGGAGGCGGGGCGGGGAGGGAUCCGCGGCGGCGCGCUGAGCAGACCGCAGUGCGGCCGGCGCUAGGACCCGCGGGGUCCUUCCUGGCCGCGGCACCUCCCGCUCCCUCGCCACCCCACCUCUCCUCCCCUCCCCAAAAUGAGGAAACGGUGGAACUUGCUCCAAGUUGUGCAGCGGGGCCCGCCUUGGGGGUGCGCAGCCGGCACGCGGGGGCCCUCCUGGGGGCGGGCGCGGGGCGAGGCCCGGAGACGCCCCCUGAGCAGGUGAGCCCUCGCUUCCUCUGUGCCUGGCACCCCUCCACCCAUAUUAGCCAGGAUGCCCACGAGGCGCUGGGCCCCAGGCACCCAAUGCAUUACCAAGUGUGAGCACAUGCGCCCUAAGCCUGGAGAGUUGGCCUUUCGCAAGGGUGACGUGGUCACCAUCCUGGAGGCUUGCGAGAGCAAGAGCUGGUACCGUGCCAAGCACCACAGCAGCGGGCAGGAGGGGCUGCUGGCAGCUGGCGCACUACGGGAGCGUGAGGCCCUCUCCGCUGACCCCAAGCUCAGCCUCAUGCCGUGGUUUCACGGGAAGAUCUCAGGCCAGGAGGCGGUGCAGCUGCUGCAGCCGCCUGAGGAUGGGCUGUUUCUGGUGCGCGAGUCGGUGCGACAUCCAGGUGACUACGUGCUAUGCGUGAGCUUCGGCCGAGAUGUCAUCCACUACCGUGUGCUGCACCGCGAUGGCCACCUGACCAUUGACGAAGCCGUCUGCUUCUGCAACCUCAUGGAUAUGGUGGAGCAUUACAGCAAGGACAAGGGGGCCAUCUGCACGAAACUCGUGAAACCCAAGAGGAAGCAGGGGGCCAAAUCUGCGGAGGAGGAGCUGGCCAAGGCCGGCUGGUUGCUAAACUUACAGCAUUUGACGCUGGGAGCACAGAUCGGAGAGGGGGAGUUUGGAGCGGUCCUGCAGGGUGAGUACCUGGGCCAGAAGGUGGCCGUGAAGAACAUCAAGUGCGAUGUGACAGCUCAGGCCUUCCUGGAUGAGACAGCGGUCAUGACGAAGAUGCAGCAUAAGAACCUGGUGCGUCUGCUGGGCGUGAUCCUGCACCAGGGGCUCUACAUCGUCAUGGAGCACGUGAGCAAGGGCAACCUGGUGAACUUUCUACGGACUCGGGGCCGGGCCCUUGUAAACACCCCUCAGCUCCUGCAGUUUUCCUUGCAUGUGGCCGAGGGCAUGGAAUACCUGGAGAGCAAGAAGCUGGUGCACCGAGACCUUGCUGCCCGCAACAUCCUCAUUUCUGAAGACCUGGUGGCCAAGGUUAGUGACUUCGGCCUGGCCAAAGCUGAGCGAAAGGGGCUGGACUCCAGCCGGCUGCCCGUCAAGUGGACAGCGCCCGAGGCACUCAAACAUGGGAACCCACCUCCUCGGAUCUGGCUGGGCCAGGCCAGCAGCAGACAAGGCACUGAGCCUGCUGGGGCAGGAGCCCUGUGGAUACCUGGGCUGAUGAGGGGCUGCUGGGGGCGGUGAGCACUGGGCAGGUGGGCAAGGUGGGCAUGCCCGGGAAGCUGGGGGGUGCAGAGAGUCCCCGAGGGCAGAGGACUUGAGGGUAAGGAAGCGUUCCAUGGGGACAGUAUCCCAUCCUACCUUCCUGGGGGUCCUAGAUACAGAGGGAGAUGGACAGACAGAAACAGAUGUAGGGAGAUAGAGCAGCCAGGGAGAGCUGGAGAGGGAGAGAAAAUCGAGAUGGGGGGACAGAGACACACAUACAGAAAAAGAAUCAUAGAAGGAAGUGGAGACAGAGACAGAGUGAGAUAACCCGAGAUUGACCGAGAGAGACUGGGGGGAGGCAGAACGAAUGCAGGACCCCAUGAAGGGAAAAGUCCCUCCACAUCUUACCCCAGACCCAGCAGGUGCUGAGAGCUCCUCUGCUGCCCCCCCCGCC